UCUGUCCUGCACAUGGUCCUUCUCUCUCUUGAUUUGUAAGUUGAGCUGUCUUCUUUAGCGUGCUAGUGAGAGGGGUAUCCCGUAUUACAAUAGGUCUAAAGAUGAAGUCAGCUAGUCAGAGGAGCACCAAACACCACACCAGCACGCCUUAUGACCGACCAAAACCAAAGGGUUUUGUACAGACGGUUAAAGAUUGGUUUACUCCAUCGAAGUGGACCAAGGAAGUCAGCAGUCCUUUACCUAAUCGGACGCUCCCCGACCACACCCCCUGGCCUGGCACACCCCACCCUAUUCAAGGUCGUCAGUUGGACGUGCGUGGAGUGACACACCCUCUGACUCCGCCUUCAUUUGAUGAGUUUAACGAGGAACCGGCAGAGAUAAAGAAGAAUGAAUCGCCUGUACUAGUAUCUAACAAAGAAGAAAGAAUGGAGGAAUCCAGUGCCAGGAGUGGUAGUAACACUCCAUUAGCCAAUACAUCAGUUCCUCUACCUUACAUUGCUCAAAACGGUCUUGAUCCUCCUCCUCCCACUACAUGUGCUCCUACUACUACUUACAGUCAUGGUUCUCAUUAUCCUCAUAGAGGGGUAAGGAUCAAACAGAGGGAGAGGGAUGUUCCAGCGUCAAGUCCCUAUGUGUCUCCGUCUCCUGGUCCUCUUAGGACUAGUGAUGUGGGACAUGCCACACCCAAAUCAGCCAUAUCAUCAGUCCCUUCUCGUGGUCACCCCUCCUUCUCACUGAGUGCAUUCAAUACUCCAGUCAACACUGCAGCUCUAACUAACCUCUCACUCUCUCGCUCUCCCUUCACUUCUUCCUUCUAUACUGGUAGGACGUCCUAUGGUGGAGCCUCCUCCUCCGGUAGACCAUCAUCAUCUCCUUUGUUUAGAAAGAGAACUAGGAAUGAGACCAGCCCAACUAGUGUACAAGUUGGUCCCGUGAAGCGAGCAGUCAAGCCACACCCUCACACCUCACAGUUUCCAGUGGGCGGGGCUAGUCACACGGCCCUUAAGAUCCUUGACACCCUCCAGUCUCUCAGCACUCCGCUACAAGACGCCAGGAAACUCCCACUAAGAGCAACACCGGCUAAGAAGCAACGUAUAGAAGGUCCCUCUACCAGUUCCUCUGCUACCUCUCCUCCCCCUCCUGUCUCUUCCCUCUCUGCUCCGCCCACACAUGCAAAAUUGUCGAAAGUACGACAACCAGUCGUACAUGCUGUAGCCUCGCCUCCAACCCCACCCCCUUCUCAUGGAAAAGAGAAAGUCCUAAUAGAUCUAACGAUUUCUCCUAAAGAAGUCAAAAAGACUCAAGCCCCUCCCCCUACUCCGCCCCCUUCCUCCUCUAAGAGUUCUACUGGUAAAAUAAGAGCUACUAAACAUACGACACACUAUAGCUCCAAGAGCAGAGAUGGCGAGGGAGAGGAGGUAUAUAAUACAAGCGAACUACCUCCUCCCAUUCCACUCCUAUUACAUAAAUCAGGUCCACUGCCUUCCAUUGAUAUUCCGUUCUUGACUCCGUUAACUAAAGAGCCUAAGGUUCCAACCACCACUUCCAAUUUGACACGUUCUCCUUUCUCUUCAAUGACGACAGCCAGUUCUUACUCUUUCACUUCUCCUGAGAUGGCUUUGAGAUCAGAGCCACGCCAACAUGCCACGCCUAUAUCUCCAAUCAACAGCAGCUUGUUCCAGUUCAGUGAUCCACUCCCAGUCCUAGUGGGGUCCACCUCCAGUGGGGCUACCAGACCACCCCUUACUGCAUCAGGUUCUCUAUCAUUUAAAGCUCAGCCAGUAUCUCUCCCUCCGCCCUCUUCCGUCUCACCAGCUCCACCCACUUUAUCAAAACCUGUUGGGAGCCUCGUAGACGCCCUCAAGAAACCAGAGUACCAGAUUGAAAACAUCCGUAAAGAAGCGAAACAAAAGAGUGUCCUGCCCCCUUCUAUCACCUCUCCUCCUGUGGGUGGAGAGACCAAAGGAUUCUCUGUUCCUUCUCUCAAGCCGUUAAAGGAUGUCCCCCUUAUUGUUCCCACGUCCAACUGGUCCUGUGACUCUUGUUGGGUAUCAAAUAAAAGUGAUACUAAUAAGUGUGUGGCUUGUGGUGCGUCUCAGCCCUCGGGCAUUAAAAAGAAAGCAGUUGCUUUCUCUACUCCUUCAGUAACCGACGCUCCCUCUGGGGGGUUGAAAUUUCCCUCUGGGGGAAGCUUAACCAGUACUUCUGGGGGGCUGAAAUUACCCACCGGGGGAAGUUUAACCAGUACUUCUGGGGGGUUAAAAUUACCUGCCGGGGGAAGUUUAACUAGUACUUCUGGGGCGCUGAAACUUCCUUCAGGUAACUUGACUGGUGGAGUAAAAUUACCUCAGGGGGGCAAUGUAAUGUUAGCUCCCAGUAGUGGUAUUUUUAGCAGCUCCGGACCCCCUCCUGCAUCUACCAGUACUAGUAUUGCAUCAUCUAGUGGGAGUGGCUUCAAGUUAUCAAGUGGAGGAUUAUCUGGUAACGUACAACUGUCCACGCUCAUUACUUCAAACACUAAACCUACUGCCAUGCCUCUCAGCAGUCUAGCCCCGCCCACUUCUAAUUGGGAGUGCCCAGUCUGUAUGAUCAGUAAUACUAAAGAUUCUGAUACUUGUGUUGCUUGUGGUGCUAAAAGAUCCUCUGAUACCAGUACCGAUAACAAGGGAAGUGGAACAGGGUUUUUGAAACCUGGCGGAAAGUGGGAGUGUCCCACUUGUAUGCUCCACAAUGAUCCAAGCAAAGAUUCUUGUCCGGCUUGUGAGACUCCACGACCUGGAGCAACCGCCAAAACCAGUCAGACCAGUUUAAACUCGAGUGUGAAACCUGUCCAGUUUGGUGAUGGAGGUGGAAUGAAGCUUGGAGGAGGGUUGCUUUUAACUGGUGCUGCUGGAGGGGGUUUGAAAUUAGGAGGAGGGGGCCUGAAUAUAUUUGGUGGCAUUUCGUCUCAGUCCCAAUCAGUUUCUACUAAUAAUACAAACACUAGUCAGUCAGUUACAUUAGGAGUUACUACUCAAUCUACAACUACUACUUCAUCUCAGACUAAUGUAUCUGUUUCUUCUUUUAUAUCUACAAAUGUCACUACUGGCUCAUCUCCUCUCUCCUCCUCGUCUCUCCCUACUGCUCCCUCUCUCUUACCUCCUACAGCUACUAAACCUUCUCUUUUUGGACAGUCACUAGUCACGGCUGCUCCUUCUCCUCUCUCUACUGCUUCUAGUGCUACUCCUUCUCUUUCACUGGGAGGUACUGUGUCGUUAUCUAGUGGUCUUACCAGUACUGUUGGAGCUCCGUUGUUUAUGCAAAGUCAGCAACCAGUUUCGGGUCCUAGUACUACAUUUACGCUCCCUAAAUCCGAUUUCAAUAAGGGGGCCCUCUCGGGGUUGAAAUUUGAAACCCCGCCCCCUCCAGUCCUCACCACUGCAUCAAGCGAAGGAUCAACUCAAUCUCAACCUAUAUCAGUUACUCCUUCUUCUGGUUUUUCUACUUUACCUACUACUUCUGUUGGGGCUUCACUGUUUCAGUCUUUUCUGACUCCGCCUGCUUCCGCUCCUGCCUCCACAGCAACCGUGUUUGGUAAGCCCCCUGGAGGAGGGGAUGGACAGAAGCUGCUGUUCGGAGUACCCAGUCAAGGUUUGCUGUUGUGUACUUGUUU